GCUGGCAGGCGGCCGGCCGAGCGGGGUACCCUCGGGGCCGACUGCCGUCAGCGCCCCUUCCCGGCCCGCCGACCCCUCCCGGCUGACCUCACCCGCGCCGCCGCCUCGCGCGGAUAUAAGCAGCGACCCCGCCGAGGAGCGGGCAGCCGGCGCCCCGGGUCCUGCGAGCGCUCCCGGACUCCUGGCCCGCCGACUCCAGACCCCGAAACUGCGGUCUUGAAGCCCCCGAAUCCCGGACCGGUCCCGCAGAACUCGCACCGGGCAGACUCCGCGAUGCCGAGCCCUUGGUCGCUGCUCGCCAUGGCUUUGACCCUGACCCUGACCGGCGUUCCCGGCGGCCGCUCACAGCCCGAGGCGGCCCAGCAGGAGGCGGCGAUGGGCGCCGAGCACCCGGGCCUGGACGACCUCCUGCGCCAGGCGGAGCGCCUACUCCUCCUCCGGGAAGACCUCCAGCGGCUGCGAGAGGACCAGGGCGAGCGCGAAUCAGAGUCCCAGAUUUUUCAACCCAACUGGCUCUCCAAGCGUCAGCAUCCAGGCAAAAGGGAGGAAGAGGCAGAAGAGCGAGUUGAAGAGGAGGAGGCAGAAGAAGGGGCUGUGGGACGCCACAAACGGCAGCACCCCGGCCGGCGGGAGGAUGAGGCUGCAUGGUCAGCUGAUGCAACCCAGCAAAAGCGGCAGCACCCUGGCCGGCGUUCCUCCUGGCUCGGGUACACUUUCACCAAGAGGCAGCACCCGGGCAGACGACUGGUGGAUCCCCAGGCCCAAAGGAGUUGGGAAGAUGAGGAAGAGGAGAGGGAGGAGGGGGAGCUGAUGCCUGAGAAACGCCAGCAUCCGGGCAAGAGGGCCCUGGGAAGCCCAUGUGGGCCCCGGGGAGCCUGUGGUCAAGCCAGCCUCCUGCUGGGGCUCCUAGAUGACCUGAGCAGGGGCCAGGGGGCUGAGGAGAAGCGGCAGCACCCCGGGCGGAGGGCGGCCUGGACCCGGGAGCCCCUGGAGGAGUGAGCCCAGUUUGCUGUAAAGUUGAGUUUGGGAUCUAAGGAUAUCUGGAGCCCUGUGUGCCCCAUCCCUUUGAGACCCCUCUUUCUCUCCUCCUUAGAUCCCUGACCAUAAACCUGAGCACCCUGUAUACACACACCCAUAUUACUCCACCUUGCAUGGCUGACAAGGGGCCAGAUCCCAGAGUCUCUCUCCUCUCACCCCUGCAGGCCUGCUCCCCUUCCUUAACCCUGGCUACAAUGACCCUUCCGUGUCUUCUAAGGGAUUCCCAGAUAUGGGGCAGGGAGCCUCUGGGGCAAGCAGCCAGUGAGGGUGGAGUGGAAUUGAAGCUGUGCCAUCCAAAUCCAGCUUGCAUCCCCUGCCCCAUAUCAGGAUUCGCCAUGAGUAACCUUCACCCCCAAGACCCAGGAUCUCCUCCCCAUCUUCGGCAUCCUUUUGUGGGUGGGCAGAGCCCUGACCCACAGCUGUGUUUUUCUUGGGGAACCAUUGUAAGUGGAGACACCCUGUGGUGCUGUGCUGUGCUGUGCUGUGUGUUGGCUGUGGGAAUAAACGUGUGUGGGAAUAUGCAGACAUCGCUGAGAAAGUUGUGGUUUGUCUGUGACCCUCUGGCACUUUCCCCUUGUCAAUGAUCAUCAUCCUAACGAUAAUAAAACAUGCAUCUAGAGAAUC